AUGAACGUCAGUGAACCAAUACUUUCACUAUCGAUGCCUACAUUAGAGAAAUUUCCUAGCCUUGGUGGUGAAGAUAUGACAAAGAUGUGGCAGAUGUUCUCAAAAUGCAAGCAACAGAUUGAACAUGGUCGACGACUUGAAAACAUGUGUUGGCGGUUGUGGCACCAUUCAGUUGGCCUACCAGCUGAUCAACAAGCCAGGAGUCCGCCAAAUAUCCAGCGAUUCAUCUCCACUCUGUCACCUGUGUCUGACGGGUGGCACGAAUCCUUCUCUCCGACCCCAAUGACCACACCUCAUUCAGAGUGUUCACGCACCACCACCCCAGUCUUGGAUGAAGAUGAAGAGGAAGAAGAGGAAGACAGUUGCGAUGAAGACCUAGACGAUGAAAGCGAGAGUGACUGGGACGACGACGAGUUUAUUAUCCCAAUCAAGCGAAUCGAGAAUUGCUUCAUCAAAACCCAGCCACCCCGGCCCGUUGUCCGUCGUUCACUUUUGUCGGCUGCCCUUUGCGACCAAAAACUCUGCGACCAAAAAGAGAAUCGAACACCAUUUACACUCAAACAUAGUAAAAUUGCCAGUGCCGUUCUUACCCCAAUUCACCCUCAAACCACCUCAUUUCUACGCCACCCUGCAGAGAGCAUAAGACAUCUAAUUUCAGAACAAAUACAAGACAAUCACUCUUCCUUUACAUCAAGGCCGGGCAUGGGUUGGCUAGAAAAUUUUCAUAUUUAA